AUGGUGGGAGAACGAGUUUCAAAUCCUGCUCGACUAAGCGUUUAUGAGAAACCGAAAUUCCUGCAAGAACCCAAAGAUGUCACGGUCGAUGUUGGUUCUUCUGUACUCUUUGACUGCCGUGUUUCUGGUGAGCCACAGCCUCAGAUCAGCUGGAAAAAGAAGAACGAUCAAAUGCCAGUAGCUAGAGCCUAUAUAGCAAAGGACAAUCGCGGCUUACGAAUCGACAGAGUGCAAGUGUCGGAUGAGGGUGAUUACGUCUGUUACGCGAGAAAUCCAGCCGGUUCAAUCGAGUCGUCAGCUCGGUUAAAAGUUCAGGCACCUCCAAUAUUCCAAACGAAACCUGUAGAUCAAACCGUUGCACAAGGUUCUACAGCUACGUUUGAUUGUGUGCCAGUAGGUCAGCCAACACCUGCGUAUUUCUGGAGCAAAGAAGGACAGCAGAGCUUGCUAUUCCCUGGACAUGUAUCAGCCGAUGGGCGAAUAAAAGUGUCAUCAUCGGGCACGUUGACAAUCGCUGACGUUCGUCCAGUGGAUGAGGGCGCAUAUGUUUGUGCAGCUAUGAACUCAGCUGGCAGCUCUUUAAGCAAAGCCCUGUUGAAGCUCUCAACGAAAAGUUAG